AUGAAAUUUCAGAUAGAAUUACUAGUAACAGGUGAAGAAAGCAGUAUUGAUAAUCUUCAUUCGUAUUAUGAAUUCACGAUUAAAGAAGGAGUGCCAGUGGGAUCUACUGUAGGGAAAAUUGGCAGUGGAGAAGCAAUCAAAUUUGAGAUGCUCAGCGAGAGUGAUAAUUUUGAAAUUGACAAAGAAAUUGGAGUGAUUCGGACAAGAAAUGAAAUGAGGAUAUCGGAGACUUAUCUUGAUAUCAGGGUCACAAAUAAAGUCAACGAGGUAUCCAAACUAGUCACUGUACUCAUUAUCGUCGCUCAAGUAGACAAUAAUGCAUUGUUCUGUUUGCAAAAUCGUAUUGAUUUGAUGGUACCUGAAAAUUCGCCUUCGGGGACAUUUGUUGAUAUUCUGAUGUCAGAUGACAAUAAUCUUACUCGCUAUACGCUUCAAGGAAAUCCGGCUGCUAUAUCGAUGGACAGUAAUACUGGAAUCAUAAGUACCACUGCCCCAUUUGAUUUUGAAAAAGAAAAUCUUUAUCAGUUCGAGGCAAUCGCCCAUAGAAUAGGGGGUGCAUCAGUGGGAUGUCAAAUUUUUCUGUAUAUUAUUGAUAAGAAUGACAAUGCACCGAAAUUUAAAUCUAAUAAUUAUGAAGUCAAAGUUUAUGAAGAUGCUCCAGUCGGUGAAGUGAUCAUUCAACUUGAAGUUAUUGAUUUGGAUACUGUAAAUGAAUUCGUUUUCGAAAUUUCUGUAAUUGGUAAUGAGCGGGGCUGGUUCGGAAUUAAACCUGAUGGGAGAAUUUUUCUCAGAACACCUCUUGAUCGGGAGUACAUGGCUGUUCAUCACUUACACAUUGUUGUUUAUGAUCAGAGACCUCCAGAAAAAACUUUCAAAGCAACAACUACAGUAAAAAUAAUAGUUCUGGACGUAAACGACAAUGCGCCGCAAUUUGUUUCACCGUCUGCUUUUUUCAUUUCCGAAAGAGCGACGUCUGGUACCAUAGUAGGCCUAGUUCAUGCUGUGGAUCCUGAUAUGGGUCAUAAUGGACAAUUGCAAUAUCGCAUUUUACCAUGGUCAAAUUCAGAAGGCUUAUUUAUGAUAAAUCCAGUUCUCGGAUAUCUGCUGGUGCACUACCCGAUUGAUGCAGAAGAGCAAAAAAAUUACCAUUUGCUAAUCGAAGCAAAGGAUUGUGGUGUUCCAAGGAGGUUGUCAACAGUUGUUUCAGUAACUGUGACAGUACUAGCUAGUAACAAGGAAUCACCGAGACUGAGAAACUUUUACCAUAUAGAGAUUCCAGAAAAUGUUCCAGUUGGCCAUAUUGUGUCUCAAAUUACUGACACUAUGACAAAUGUUCUGUUUGAAAUUAAAUCUGGAAAUGAAGACGACUAUUUUCGAAUAUCUCCCACAAACGGGAUAAUCAUGACAAACAAACGCUUAAAUGCUGCCAAAAAUUCGAGUUAUAACUUAACGGUUUCGAUACUAUCAAGCAAUAAUACUAGAAAGCAGAGCAGCAUCGUUUUAAUUGAAGUUUUAAAUAUUGGUGUUAAAACUGCUCAAUUUCCUGGCCGUGUUGACAUAAUAUUAUAUGUUGGUGAAAAUAUGCAAGGGACAUACCCAAUUACUAUAGGAACACUGAGAGCUAUUACUGCAGAUCGAGGACUGAACGGAACGUUAUCUUAUUCACUCAUUCAGGGUAAUAGCACGCUGUUUCGGGUGAUACCACAAACAGGCAAACUACAAAUCACAGGACCACUGAAUUACGAAAUGCAGGACCGAUAUGAAUUGGUUGUGCAAGCAAAUGACCUAACUGUUCCGAGAAGCUUCAACACAAUAAGUACGGUUACUGUAUUAGUCAUGGAUGUAAACGACAAUGUACCAAUCUUCGAGUAUCCUCAAUACUACGUUGAAGUGAUGGAAAAUGAGCCUGUUGAAGAGAAUUUAACACUAUUGUGUUUGAAGGCAACAGAUAAAGAUGACCGAGAAUUCUCAAUGAUAAGGUACAGCCUUGAUAACGAAGAACUGUUACCAUUCUUCAUCAACUCAACAACAGGAUGUAUAGGAAGACUAGAAGUACUGGAUCGUGAAUCCCAGUCGCAUUGGAUCUUGAAAGUGAUAGCUCACGAUAAUGGGAAAUUUGUGGAACAUUCGAGUGCUGCAGUAGUACGAAUUGAAGUGCUGGAUCAGAAUGAUAAUAUUCCUAUAAUUCUUAAUGAACAACUUGAUGUAUUCAUCUCAAACAGUGUUGAAAAAAAUGAUGUAAUAUAUGUAAUAUCGGCACUUGAUCUGGAUGAAAAUGAUACUUUGUACUAUAGCCUUAGUGGUCCGGAUGUAUCAUAUUUCCAAAUCAGUCAGAGUGGUAUCAUCACUGCUACACGACAACUCCUUAAGCAAGAUUAUUCAAUCACUGCAAUAGUUUCUGAUCAUGGAAACUUAACCUCAUCUGUUGGAUUAGCCUUUUACGUGUCCGAAACUAUGAGAUUCCCCGUUUUCGAAAAACGUUCACAGCAAGAACUGACGGCUACUGAGCAUAAUCCGGACAUGUUGGUAACAAAAUUUAUCGCUCAGUCGGUUAAUGUAUCCAGUCGAGGGAUAUUAUUUACGAUUUUCAGUGGUGACCCGCACCAUCAUUUUUAUCUAAAUCCUAAUUCGGGAGAAUUGUAUGCUACGAAUCGAAUAGAUUAUGAAUAUCGAAAACAGUACGAACUGUGGAUUGCUGCUAUCGACCAACAUAUUCAACCAAUGAUUUCAUACACAAAUUGUAUCGUAAAUGUUGUAGACAUCAAUGAUAAUAGGCCUUUCUUUGAGAAGGCUUUUUAUUCUGCUUCAGUAGCAGAGAACGGUGACAGCGAUGAACUGAUAAUAAAAGUUACUGCCAAAGAUUCGGAUUCUGGAAUGAAUGGGAAAAUUUCAUACAGUUUGAUGACAGGUGAUUCGGUUGCACAGAAAUAUUUCAAAAUCAAUGAAGUAUCGGGAGAAAUUUUUACUACUUCCAGUUUGGAUGCCGAAGAGUUAAAUGAGUAUCAUUUGCACGUUAUUGCAAAAGAUCAUGGUAAUCCACAAUUGUCGGAGAUGGUGGUUGUAAAGAUUGAAAUACUGGAUAGAAACGAUAAUGCGCCGCGUUUUUCAAAUUUAUUUCAUGGUGCAGUUGCGGAAAAUAGCCGUUUGGGGACACUAAUACUUCAGGUAAUAUGUUAUGACGCUGAUGUAAACAGUACUCUUAUCUAUGGUCUGGAAGGUAACUGUGCUGAUAACUUUUCAAUUGAUCAACAAACGGGUUGGAUUAGUCUGGCAAAACAAGUUGAUCGAGAAAAGAAAAGUGAAUAUUCAAUAAAAGUGAAAGCAUGGGAUGGCCUGUGGGAAGUACGAACACCGUUAACUAUUACCAUAGAGGACGUUAAUGAUAAUGCUCCCACGUUCAACGAUUCAUUUUAUACAUUUUCGAUUGCAGCUGAUUCAGGAAUCUUUACUGAAAUUGGACAAAUUUUGGCAUUUGAUAUGGAUGAAGGAUUAAAUGGGCAAAUUCGCUACGCUUUGCGAUGCGGCAAUGAUUUGUUUAUGGUUGAACCGUCUAGUGGACUCAUUUUUUCAACAACCGCCUUAGGGCAGUAUGUGAAUAAUACUGUGGAAUGUAAGGGCGUUGCCAGUGAUCAAGGAUUUCCAUCAAUGAAGAAUAAUGUCACAAUCUAUAUUCACAUCACUGAUUCUGCUAAGAGCAAUGAAACAGAACAACCUUACUACCAGUUUGCGCUUCUUCUUAAUGCUGACCCUUAUACAGCAAUUGGUCAUUUACCAUUAUAUAAUACAAUGGCCAUAGUGAAUGAUAGCCGUUUUAUGGUGGAUCAGAAUGGAUAUUUGUUCACAAACGCUACGUUUCCGGAAGCUGUAUUAGGAUAUAAAAUUAUAUUCUCUGUUGCAACAAAUAAUAAGAAACUUAUAAAAGCUAUAAUUUCCGUUGAAUUUACUGAACCAAACAUUAACCACCCGCAGUUUUCAUUUAAAAGAUAUAAAUUUUCGGUCCAGGAAAACUGUGAUUUGCACUCACCAAUUGGUAUGGUUAUAGCAAAAGAUCCUGAUAUAGGUCUUAAUGGUUACAUAACUUAUCAUAUUGUUUAUGACACUGACCGCUUACCAUUUGCAAUUGAUGCAACAACAGGAACCAUAUUAACAACGGAAUACAUAGACUUCGAGGAAAGCAGUAACUACCAAUUUUUAAUAACAGCAAAAGAUUCCGGUUUCCCUGCACUCAGCGCUACCGCAGAAGUUACUGUUGAAGUGCUCGAUGAAAACGAUAAUGCGCCCGAGUUUGAAAAUCAUUAUGUGCAGUAUACGAUAUCAGCAUAUUCACCAGUGGGCACCACAAUCGCACAUUUUUCUGCUGUUGACGUGGAUUCAGAGUCAAAUGCUGUUGUCGUCUACCAUCUGCUUUCGGAUUCUGAAUUACCUUUUACUAUAAAUGCUACAUCUGGCACAUUAUACGUGUCCUCUCAAUUUCAUUACGGAACAGCUAGUGAAUAUUUAUUUGGCGUACUGGCCAGUAAUCCCAGAACCACAAGUUCGGAUUAUCCAGGAUUAGUUCCAGAAGGUUACCGAAACGGAACAUAUUAUAACGUUUUACAAGUUGAAAUUUUCGUGAAGCAAGAUGGAGAAUCUGAGCUAUAUUUUGCAGAAACGGAACGAAACUUCGAGAUUAGUGCUUUUGCUUUGAAAGGCACCAUAAUUGGUAGAGCGGAAGCGAUUUAUCAGAAUGGAAAUUAUUACCAAAAAAUUCUAUAUCGUAUGACUUCAAGUAAUCUAGUUGAUAUAAAUGGUCGUACAGGGGAAAUAUAUGUGAAAGAAAAUUGGAAUGGGACUACUGGAACUAUAAUGGUUCAGAUAGUUGCAACUGGCCAAUUUUUGCGAAGAACAAAUUUUGAAGCAAAUGUUUGUAAGGUAUUCAUCGAACGGAAGGAUACAGAAGCACCGCCAAUAUUGCAGCCUCACUACAAGUUUUUAUUAUCCGAAAAUGCUGAUAGUUCAAGAAGUUUCGUUAUUUUUGAAAAUCUUCCUGAGGAAUAUUACCUUGAUAUUGUUGAAGAGGGAAGAAUUGGAUAUGGUACUGAGCAGCCCUUCUGUGUUGGUGACCCCGGCAAACUUUAUUUAUGCGGCACGAUGAAUUAUGAGCAAAAAGUUGAUUACCGCUUACAAAUUGCUCUUAUCGAGAAUGAUGUCAUACGUUCUCGAGCCUUAGUCACGAUAACAGUGAAUAAUGUAAAUGAUAAUAGACCUUCACUGGAUCCUUCCUCUUCUGUUGGUUAUGUCUUAGAGAAUUCACCAAUACACACAGCAAUAAUGAAGCUGCACAUGAUGGAUAGUGAUAUUUUACGAAAGCAGUCGUCAUUCAAGUACCGAAUUACUGACAAAGAACUAUCUCAGAUAUUUGUUAUCAAUGAUACCACUGGAGUAGUAUUCACUUCUGAGGUUCUGGAUCGUGAAAAACGUUCGCUAUAUAUUGUGCCAAUAACGGUCAACGAUUUGGAUGUCUCCAGUGUUCACUCUAUGAUUCACUUACGGAUCUACGUUGAUGAUCAGGAUGAUAAUGAACCAGAACUGGUGCCACGAACAAUAAAUUUAGGAUAUUUGUGCGAAAUUCCUGACAUGAUAAUCCUGCAUGCAUUUCCAGUUGACGCUGACCAAGUUGGCGUAUACAGUUGUCGAUUACUAAAUGUUUCGCAAACUUAUAAUAUAUCAGGCAGUUGUGUGUUAAAGCUAUCAUCAAGUUUAUUACAAGAAGAAUAUCUUCUGAAUACUCCAUUAUUGGUGGAAGCUUCCAAUCCUCGUACAAAUAUAACAUUUCCAAUAAAUUUACGAAUGCGACGAGAAACCGCUCUAAGAUCAUUACUUAGUGAUUUCAGUGUAAUCGUGGAAUUAUGGGCUGCUGAAGGGAGUAUAGCUGAUAGUAUUUCUACAUUUGAAGAGAUGUUUCCAAAUAUGAUGCUUCAACUUCUUGGCCUUCAGCAAUUAGAAGUUGACUUUUUCCGUGUUUUUGUUGCAAUUCUGGAUCAGGAUUUAGUUCCAAAAGACAAAGAAAAUGCAUUGAAACUACUGAAGCAAUUUUUCACUGAAAAACUGAUUUCUAAAAAUGUACAUCUCGUACGAAUCGCAUUAGAUAUGUGUACACUCACUUUUGAACAAUGUAUUUACGGCACAAGAUGUUCUCAAAAUAUCACAAAGAAUGGAGAAUUACUCGAACUGAUUGGCUACAAAACAAGUUUUAUUGUUCCUGUUGUUAUCAGCCAUGUAAAGUAA